GUGGAAGUGGCCCCUCCGCUCCGGCACGGUGACGGUGGACGCUGUGCACGGGCGAUGGGCAUCCUCAGACAGGUGGAGGAGACGUCCGGGAGCCGUUGAGCUGCGGCGCGGUUGGACUCGGGACUCGGGGACUGGGCUGGGCUGCGGCGGGGGACGCUGUGCAUCCUCCUCCCGCAGCGGCUGGGAUUCACAGUCAGGGAUGCCGGAGCCCGAAACCGCGCGCUCCGGCUGACUCUCCCAUCCUGAGCCGUCGCGCGCACGCGGGCGCGGGGAUGUAGCUGCAGCGGGCAGAUGAGGAGGACGCAUGGACUUCGGUUUCCCCCCCUGAGAUCAAGAGAUUUCGCCCUCUGGUAGGAACAUUUUGCACCGCCGCCUCGGCCAUGGAGAACCAGACGCCUGAGCCGCAGAGCUACGAAGAUGUGCAGAAGAGCGGCUACCUCCGCAAGCAUAAAUCAAUGCACCGGCGCUUCUUCGUGCUCAGGGCGGCCUCGGAGCACGGUCCCGCUCGGCUGGAGUAUUACGAGAACGAGAAGAAAUUCCGCUGCAAAUCGCCGGUGCCCAAAAAAGUCCUGAACCUGGAGACUUGCUUUAACAUCAACAAGCGGGCGGAUUCCAAGAACAAGCACAUGAUCGUCCUCUACACCCGCAGCGAGAGCUUUGCCAUCGCGGCGGACAGCGAGGAGGUCCAGAACGAGUGGUACCAAGCCAUGCUGGACCUCCAGUGCAACUGUAAAACGCCUGAAGAUUACGGCAGUAGUGGAGAGUGCAGCUCUCCCUCUCCUAUUCCAACCUUCAAGGAAGUAUGGCAGGUCAAGGUUUGGCCCAAAGGUCUGGGACAUGCCAGGAACUUAGUGGGAAUCUACCGGCUGUGCCUAACUGACAAGACGGUCAACUUCGUCAAGCUCAAUUCGGAUGUGGCUUCUGUGGUCCUGCAACUGAUGAAUGUUCGCAGGUGUGGCCAUUCAGAGAAUUUCUUCUUCAUUGAGGUGGGACGCUCAGCGAUCACCGGUCCUGGAGAGUUCUGGAUGCAAGUGGACGACUCUGUGGUGGCUCAGAACAUGCACGAGACCCUGCUGGAGGCCAUGAAGGCCUUGAGCGAGGAGUUCCGCCAGCGCAGUAAGUCUCAGUCUGUCGGCACGUCGUGCGGCGGGGGCACCGCCUCAAACCCCAUCAGCGUCCCGAGUCGCCGCCACCACCCCAAUCUGCCGCCGAGCCAGGUGGGCUUCUCGAGACGGGCCCGGACCGAGACCCCCGGGACGGGAGGCAGCAGCACGAGCACUUCGCCGACGUCCCGCCACGGGUUCCCGAGGGCGCGGACGGCCAGCAUCGGGGCCAGAUCGGAGGAGAGUGGAGCGAGUGCCAGAGGGACCUGGGCCAGCUCCAGUCCAAGUCUGAACGGGUCCUGCUCCACCACGCCCACGCUGAGGCCCAAGCCCACCAGGGCCCCGACCCCCGCCAAGAUUACCCUCAGCCUCGCGCGAUACACCCCUAACCCCGCUCCCUCUCCGGCCCCGAGCCUGUCGUCCAGCUCCGGUCAUGGAUCAGAGUGCGGUCUGGUGGGGGCCGCUGUGGGAGGCAUGACAAUCUGCUCCUACCCUCGGGUUUCUCAAAGGGUCUCUGUUUCAGGGUCACCGAGCGACUACGGAUCCUCGGACGAGUAUGGGUCCAGCCCCGGUGAACACUCUCUGCUCAUGCCCAGUCUAUCUGGACAUCAUGUCCACGGGGAGGGCUCCUCCAGCUACAUAGUGAUGGGACAGCGAGAGGGUCUGCUGGGCUCCCAUCACCGCUCCAAAGGAAGGCGGAUCCUGAGGCGCUCAUCUAGUCGGGAAUCUGAGGCUGAACGAAGGCUGCUAAGCAAAAGAGCCUCCCUGCCUUUGGCGUCUCAUGAGCGACUGACACCACAAAGAAAAGACGAAGAUGACGAGGAUGAUGAAGAAUAUGCCAUCAUGUCACAGAGCACUCAGAGAGAGCGAGCUGCUUUGCAGCAUGGCUCAGGGAAUCUGCCUGUUAGAGACGCAGUAGGUAUGUCUGACGCCAGCGCUAAAGCUGGCGCAGAAGAUGAAUAUAUGGCCAUGACCCCUAACAACAGCGUGUCCCCUCCCCAGCACAUCCGCCAGCCCAGCUCAGAGGGCUACAUGCUCAUGUCCCCCAAUAGCAGCAGCUCCACAGACCUGCACGGGCUGAGCAUGUGGGAGAGCAGGGCGGGCAUGGAGAGCCGGGCUGCCAGCGACUACAUGAACGUCUCGCCCGUCAGCAGCCGCUCGGCCUGCAGCACGCCGCCAUACCACCCCGAGCAGCAUCAGCUGCAGCCCAAAAUGCUGAAUUCCUACUUUUCCUUGCCCCGAGCCUAUCAGCAUACUCUCUACACUCGCUUCGAGGAAGACUUAAACAAAGAGGAAGGCCAAAAAGACAGCAGUGGGCACGAUGGUGCUGGAAGGGGAGGGGGAGUAGGAUAUAGCAAGAGAAAUAAAAUAGCAGUGGGCUCUGCGGGAGGCUGCCAACUCUCCAUGUCUUCCUCUUCGUUUUCCUCUAGCUCUGCUAGCAGUGAAAGCCUUGAAGACAAGUCCAUAUCAGCAGGGAGAGGGUUAAGUCUGUUAAGAACAGGAGCAGAAUACAAGAGCGCAGGAACAAGCACGAAAGAGGGACGCCACCACCAAAAGCGCGUAUCAAGUAGUAAGAGUCCAAAGCAACAGAGACGGGGUCGUCCUCUCAGUGUCUCCUCAGACAUCGCUAAAGCUAACACCCUACCCAGGGUUAAGGAGAACCUGCCACCAUCAGCGUCCCAGAAUGUUGGUGAGUAUGUCAGUAUUGUCUUCAAGGACGAUAAUAAAUAUGAGGAGGGGCGACGUGCAGGGUCUCAGCACAGACAACCGGUAAUCCACGGAACUCUGCGGCCCUUAAAUCAACCCCUCAUCUGCCACGAUAAUCCUGCCAACCUCUCCCGCAGCCUCUCUGCGCCGCUUUCCACCUCCGCCGAGUACGUCAGCAUGGAUUUAGGGAAGUCGUCAACACCGCUGACUCAUGUCAGAUCCACUUUUAGCGCUCUCCGGGACCCACCGGUUGUUGCCCCCAAGCCCCGACACGAACACAGCACAUCCUCUCCUCUGGCGGCAGAGGGCAACCCGGGGUACAGAACAAAAAUAAAGAUGGCAGCAAUGCCAGAUUCCCCCCACCAGUUUAGGGACAGCAAGGAAUCAGAUCCCAGCAUCUCAGCAAAACCUGCCAUCCACCCUGGUCAACCCUUAUCUAUGGAGAAGGAGACAAGUUUGGCUUUCUCCCCUGUCAAGUCUUUCCAGUCUCCUGACCGGAGCAGCAGGCUGGUCCGGGGCGAGCAACAGGGACACCUGAGCCACCGCUCGGAGACAUUUAACUCACCCAACUCGCUACCGCACCACGCAUCAGCGUCUACCUCCGUGUUCCCAGAGGGCAGCCAGGCAGCAGGCCAGCGCCAGGGCUUAGACUGCUCCCUGUGGGACAACGGCCAGGCUGCCGGUUUGUCUGCCACCCCUCCACCUCAAGCCUCCACCUCAUCCGUCGAACAAGGCCUUAACUACAUCGACCUUGACCUGGCAAUUAAGGAGAGUCCUCCGGUUGGAGGGGAGCGCAGCUCUCCCACCUACAACGCCGGAGGAAGUGCUAUGGGAAGCAGCACUGGCUCUGGCAUCAACACAUACGCCAGUAUUGAUUUCUAUAAGUCAGAAGAACUGAGAACAAACCAGAACAGUAGAAAGGAGGGUCAAGACUGUUGAUCUCCAUCUUUGUCUUGGAUGUCGGCAUGACGCUGGUGUGACAGCUUCGCUCUCAGCCUGCGAGGGGAUGACUGGCAGUCCGAUCUGUUGCCACAACAGAAACUCUUCACCGUCUGAACACCGAAACCCCGGAAAUCUCAUCCCCUUCCCGCCUGCUGUUUUCUGUCAACCAAAUGUGUGCCAAACAGACACGCACACGUACAUACACACACUCACACAAACACGGCAUAAGGAAAAGAUGUGCUCAUUUGUCUUGUUUUCGUAUAAAAAUGGCAUUUGAUCUUCAUUUAACUACAGAGGCAGGAUGAGAAGCCACAGAUGCCCCUCACGUUUAUGCUAGCUGAUAUUCCACUUCAAUAGUGGCAUCUCAAUAACACUUUCAGGGAGUCACAGAAAUAUCUAGAAUUGAUCUCUAAAUCCGGAUUUUAAAACCCAGUUGACUGUGAUUGGUCCAUAGAAGGUUGAUAAUUCAAGCCUCAAAACUUCAGCUGAUUCGUUGCUACAGUGUCAGCUGAUUUUGUCCUCCUUUGUACAUAGAAAUUAAAUGAUUAUCAGGUGUAAUUUUAACAAAAAUUAAGAAGGAGAAUAUAGUUCGAUGGAUGGUUCAUACACAUACACACAUCCUGUCACUGUAAACAUAUUUAAUUUAUAAUGAACAGUUGCUCAGAAAAGCAUUUAAGCUUCUUGGUAACUGAUGUCGUGCCACUAAAGGACUUCAAAUAUGCUCAAAUUUGGGAAUUUAUCACCAUAACUUGCUGCUUCUGGAACUAACUUAUAAGUAUUAUAUUGUAAAAUCUUAAUUCAAAUUAUUUAUUCAUCUCAGUUAUGAAGGUUUAAUGACAUUUAAAGAGUAUUCACUGUAUUGAUUUUAAGAUUUUGUUUGGAAAGUGAGAUGCUUUUCCAAAAUGUAAAACUAUAUUACAUUAGUCAUUGAGAAAAAAAAAGGGCUAACAUAGGCUGUACGGCAUUAUCUUUGAGGUUAAAAGGCUGCAGCUUUCAUACACCCGUUCUGUGAGAGUUACUAAUGAGUCAUACUGCAAAGCUGGCACAACAAUGCAGUUAUUCAAAAAUCAUGGUCAAAACUAAGUAAAAGGCAGCAUAAUUAACAUACCUUUCUGCUGAGGGUCAUAUUGAUAUCCAGUGAGGACAAUAAUUAGCUCAUAUGAAUGUACAUUUCCUCACUAAAAACUGCUUAAGAGACCUGAUAGAAAACAUGCUGUUGAGGGAAAGCAUGGGGAAGACAGCCUAAGUGUUCCAGCAGCUCUUUAUAUUCAAACAAAGAUCUGCAGACUAAAACCAGCACACGCUCUGAGGAGUCAAAUGGACUGAGUGCUGCAAUCUCCCCUCCACCCUCAGAUUCCACUUAAUAACAGUAUUUCAGCUGAAGCUGACACAUGACUGUCAAAUCAAUUACAUGAGGCCUGAGUCACAAAGCCAGGCGGGUUUGGAGAUGGUAUAGAGACAACCGGUCUGAGGGAAAGAGCUGCCUAAAUGAAAGCCAUCUUAGUCACUGACAUACAAAAGGAAAAUUAUCCUUUGAUGAGGAGAAUAGAUUUGGAAUGGGUCAAAGUUCAUCUGCCUUGUUGUAAUGAAAACUCAGAGAUAGUACCAGAGAUAGUACCAAAAACAGCAUAUUUCUUCAUCAAAUGGUAAACUCAGAUAACAAGAAAGGCCUCAGUAAUAAACGAUCUCAUGUCAUUUCCUUGACUUGACCAUUUUGAAGUAAAACAUGUAGCACAAAAUCAUUCCAAAGAAGUUUAAAUACAUUUUUUGGCCACUGAGCUUUUGUAUUACAUCUGUAUAUUAAACUAUGGUAUAUACUAUAGUAAUGCAAGUAGAAUGACAAAAACUAUAGUACAUACUGUAGUAAGUUCUCCUGAUUCACAGUUAAGACAAAUCUAAUAUGAAGUGACACGUUACAAUGAUAUAUCAAAUAUACAGUCUACAUAUAAUGAUUCAUAUUAUAUAGCCUAGAUAGAUAUCUAUAUACUCUUUUAUAAAGUGCCUCAUUUUUGAUUGUAGCUGUUUUUACACAGGUGAUCUUCAAAUGGGUUGUAAAGCUGGGGGAAAAAGUGUUGUUUCUCUCUUGAGUCUAAAUUUGUGUAAAAGUGGAACUGCAGAGGACAAACUGGAAACUUGACUUUUCUGCCAUUCAACCAUAAUCAGAUUGCCUUAUUGCAUUAAUUAGAAACAUUUGAGCGAUCUCUUUAUUUGUUUUUUAUUCUUUUGCAGUGCCUAACACUUCAGCCACGAUGUACGCACACACACCCUCCUUCUUUCUGUUGGCUUUAAGAAAACAGCAACACAAAAAAUCCCCUCCUCACUUCUUUUUCUUGUAAAAGAUUGCCCUUCCGAGACGUGUUCACAUCUGACCCUACCGUCCCAUUUUUAGCGAAUUCUCGCCAACUACUAAAUAGCUUCUUGUUCAUCGUGACUGACAGUGAACCGAGUCAGGCAGAUGCAACAGACAGCUGAAACUAAGCAUCUUGUACAUUACGAUUUUACAUGGCACAAUCUGAUUUGAAGAUGUUCUCUAUUUUAACUUCCCCGUUUUUUACACCAAGAAGAGUCCUGUAUAUAAGCUAAAUUAACUCUGUACCGACUUUACUUUACUUUGGGUUUACAGUAGACUUGAACCUGUGAACAAUCAUAAAGGGAGGGGAGGUUGCUAGUGACGGCUCAUCUGGGCUAGAACUAAACUAAUUGUGUGUUACUCUGAUCGUCUGGACGUGGAUUCAGUUCUCAGAGGUGGUGAGUAGCGUAACGUUCUUGGCACACUCAUCCGUUGGACUUGGGAAUCAGGUCUUAAUGCUCAUUACCUCCUCAUUGGUUCCAUUUCUGCUGCUGUCGUGCAAAUUGCCAAAAACAAUUCAUAAUAAGAUUCAAUCAGUGAAUUGAUUUAUCAAAACCUUCAUGACAGCCAAAAAAGAAAAAGAAAGUUCAAAUUGAGAUGGAGUCAGCUUUUCUUUCUGAAGUUGUGUUUUUGUUCUAGUUGUGUGACGGCUGUAGCCAGAGCCCCUGAUGGUGAUUUUGACCUUGUAGUGGCAUUAAUAACACUGUACAUUGAAUCAGAAAACGUUUGUUGGAAAUCAAGAAAGUGAUGAACUGUACAUGAGGAUCCAAUUUGUCUUUGAGUCCAGGGCUAUGGUUGUAUUUUAUACAGGGUACAAACAAAAAGAAUUUCUUGGUAUGUUUCUGACAUUAGUAACUUUUCCCACAUUUAGAUGGAGUGUUAAUUGUUCACAGCACUCGGGCUCACUGACUGAAUCAUUGUGAUCCUGGCGUUUAAGAGUGAUUGCACAUUAAUAUGAAAAAUAUGUUUGGAAAUGUCCAGAUCUUUCCAUUACACAGAGCAGAGGUUCCUCAGUCCUGUGCUGAGGAAUUCGGGCAUUUGCUCAACUUUUGGCCGGUAGUGUCGAGGCUUCACACGCCACAGCUGUGAGGGUGUGACACCUGAGGGUUUAAAGCCCUCCAUCACCAAGGAUAAUACACCAAAAGCAAAAAUAUGUCUGUCCCUUUAUUCAGUAGUUUAAAGAUUAUUGAGUGAGCCCUAUCCACCGUACUGUCAAUCUAUAACAAAUUAAUUAAAUGUUCUGUAAAUUUCUCUUGUUGAAGUGAUCUUCUAUAAUCCCAUUGUUAUUCCUGCAGUGCUACUCUUCUAAUUGUGGAUUAGCGCAAUUCUCUGACUGUACCUCAUAAUCUCAAAUCCGAGCAGACGCAACAGUUGGUGCUACUGUAAAGCCUCUGGACAGUCAGUCUGGAAAUGUUUCAGGAGGGCCGCACAGAUAUAGUGUGCUGGAUUUCAGUAAAUGUCCGGCUCUCUGCAGUGUUGCUACUCCCAUACAGUGUUAGGACAGAAUGCUUCUCAUCGAUUGAUCAUCAGGACUCCGCUGAGUGUUUUGUUUUGGUGAAAAGACAUGGAUGCGCUUCUCUCUUUGGAAUGUUUUGUUUAAACAACGCUGAUGAAAUUAUGCAGCAGACUCUAAGUGUGGGAAAUGAUACUGUAUGUACAAUCAGGAUAGCGAUUAUAAUUACAAUGGAAAGAGCAUCAUAUGUAUUUUAAAGCUAAUGACACUACUUUGAUAAUUAUAAAUUGUAAAAAGGAUGAACAGGAACUAUAGGGAUGUAAAGUUUACUGUGUACAGAGGAGUUUGGUCAAGGGGAGGGGCGGGCAUG